AAAGGCUUCAGGUGUGUUCUUUAAACACAGGAACUGACUGAUGUUGUGAAAGUUAUAUUAUACUAGUACAUACAGAGUAUACUGUAUAUUAUACUGGUAUAUAAGGAACUAUAUGUUUGAUGGGUAGUGCUGGAGUUCUGCUGACGUCUCUAAAUUACUAAAUCAGAGUUUGACACCUUAUACUACUGUACUGCUGUAUUAUACUGUUGGCACCACACUUAUACUACUGCUACUAUUUUACUAACAAGUAUUUUCUGCUGAUUACCUGGCUACCAGUACUACAGUACUCAAACAUAAAAGUAAUGGAUUACUUCUGCAUGGUUCAGUACACCGAGGAUCAGGGUCGCAGUCUGGGCCUCAGCGGUUGGGUGAAGAACACCAGACAGGGGACUGUGAUUGGUCAGAUCCAGGGACAUCCGGAUCGAAUCAAUGACAUGAAGCUGUGGCUGAAGAAUGUCGGCAGUCCGAGUUCUCGAAUCGACCGAACUGUCUUCUCCAAUGAGGGAGACAUUUCCAAACUGGAGAUCCACGGUUUCUCUACUCGCUACUGAGCAUGCUCAGAAAAAAAUGAUGCUAAUGAUUGAUUAUUGAUUAUUCUUGUUUCUGAUCCAGUUGCAGUGAGUUCAGCUUUAGAUCUGAGCUGGUUUUUAUGGCUAUCUGACAUUUAGUUUCUGGUAGCGGUUAGCAUCUGAAGCUUCUCCUUGAUUUUCUGGGUUACCAUGGUAACCAGGAGUCCUGAAGAAUCUAGCAUGUGAUUGGUUGGCUGAACUGGAGCAACAGUAAUCAGAAACGAUAUGCUGAUAAUCAAUAAAGGUUUAAUCUAAUCAGGCUAAAUAUGUUUCCUCCCUGACCCUAAUCCUAGCAACAUUAGCAGCAACAUUAGCAGGUGAUUCAUCUUCUAAAACAGGAACUUCAACUUUAGGAUGUUUCUGCUGCUCUGCCUCAGUCUAUUACCCGGUUGUUUGUUAUUUACCUGUUUGUUUAUUCACCUGCUUAUUUACCUAUUUAUUCAUCUGUUUAUUUACCUGAUUGUUUAUUCACCUGUUUAUAUACCAGUUUGUUUAUUUUCCUGAUUGUUUAUUUGCCUGUGUGUUUGCUUAUUUAUUUACUAUUUUGCUUGUUUGUUUACCUGUUAGUGAUUAUCUGAGACAGAAUAAAGACAGAGGACAGCUUCA